UCGGAUGCGUUUAUGAGGUGCUCCGGUGAAAGAAAGAAGAAGACUCUGAAACGCGUUAGGGUUUCUUUCGUCCAUCAUCCCAAACACUUUGAAUCUCGCUCACCUCGUCGGACCAAGAUCAAAGUCGAGGUACAUAUCUUAAUGAACAGGGCUCGCCGUCAAGAAACGAGGAUUUUUUAUCCAGUUAUGGAUGUCGACUCAGCGGGAAGAGAUGGAAAUAAGCGAGUGUUUAAUCGACUGGGAGCUGCUGCAACUGAUAAAUCGCAGAAAGUCUGUUACCACUGGAGGGCGGGGAGGUGUAAUAGAUAUCCUUGCCCGUUCCUGCACAGAGAGUUGCCACCACCGAACGGUGAUGGAACGCCAGCAAAGCGUUCUCAGGGUUUCGUCGAUGAUAGGAGUUUUUCUGGUCCUCCUUCCAUUCGUAGAGCUCCUAACCAUACUCAGAUGUCGUCAACGUGGGGCCGGUCUCAAGGGGGAGCUGGGGGAGUUAGGGUUCCUCACAAAACACAAGACAAGGUCUGUCACUAUUGGAUGACAGGGAAGUGCAGCUACGGUGAUAAGUGCAGGUAUCUGCAUUCUUGGUCUUUCGGCGACUGCUUCUCGUUGUUGACGCAGCUGGAAGGACACCAGAAGGUUGUUACGGGGAUAGCGCUUCCUUCAGGGUCUGACAAGCUAUAUUCAGGGAGCAAAGACGAAUCUGUAYGCGUUUGGGACUGUCAGACGGGGCAGUGUGCUGGAGUUGUAAACUUAGGAGGUGAAAUUGGAUGCAUGAUUAGUGAAGGGCCAUGGGUUUUUGUUGGAAUUCCAAAUGGUGUCAAGGCAUGGAACACCCAAACUGCAACUGAUUUGAGUCUCGAUGGCCCUGUUGGACAAGUUUAUUCUCUGGCUGUGGGUAAUGAGAUGCUUUUUGCUGGGAUACAGGAUAGCAAUAUACUGGCAUGGAAAUUUAGUGCUGCAACCAACUCCUUCCAACCAGCUGCAUCCCUUCAGGGUCACACUCUUGCUGUUGUUUCAUUGGUUGUUGGAGCUAAUAGGCUCUACUCUGGAUCUAUGGACCAUACAAUAAGGGUGUGGGACCUUGAUACUUUACAGUGUCUUCAGACACUGACAGAUCACACUUCAGUUGUAAUGUCUGUUCUUUGCUGGGAUCGUUUUUUAUUGUCAUGUUCUUUGGAUAAGACAAUAAAGGUGUGGGUGGCUACUGAAAGUGGUGGCUUGGAGGUGACAUACACACAUAAUGAAGAACAUGGCGUACUUGCUCUCUGUGGUAUUCAUGAUGCACAAGCCAAACCUGUGUUGUUGUGUUCAUGCAACGACAACACUGUCCACCUCUAUGACCUGCCAUCGUUCAGUGAGAGGGGGAAGAUAUUUUCCAAGGAGGAGGUACGUGCAAUUCAAAUAGGUCCUGGCGGGUUAUUUUUCACUGGUGACGGAACUGGUGAACUCAGAGUGUGGAAAUGGUCGACAGAAGCUGCAUCAACAGCCCCUUGAUUUCAAUGGAUAACAACAUUUUUUUUUGGUUUUUUGUACAACAAUCCUCCGUAGGGCGUAAUGUUUGCCAAAAGUUUUUUUCGUUGGCCCUUUUGCCUUAUUAUUGUUCCAUCUCAAUGUAUAAGUUAAACAACAAUUUGAGGAGAGCGUUAAAUUUUUGGGUAAUAUCAAGUACCCUUGGCCUUGGAAUUUUAUUGUAUGAAUACGAAAACUUGAACUAGAAGUCGACAAUCUCAA